AUGCGAAGAACAGUCGACCAGUGUCCUGCCGACAUUGUCUUAGCACCAUUAGGGUGCCCCUUGACUGACCUCGAGUACGCCGACGAUGUUGUUAUAUUCGCGGAAAGCAGUACGAAACUUCAACAUGUUGUCAACCUUGUAUCGAAGCUGACUGCAGCCUACGGACUACGCUUACGCCCUGAUAAAUGCAAGCAGAUGUGGAUCUCUUCGAGACCUCGAACGGGAAUCAGGGUGGACGGACAACCGAUAGAACUCGUCGAUGAGUUCUGUUACCUGGGCUGUAUGCUGAAGAACAACGGCAGCUACGAGAGAGACGUUCAGCAAAGAUGCGCUAAGGCCACUUCUGCAUUUAACUCCUUAACGAAAUUUCUUUGGUCGACCCCCAUCACCAACGAAGUCAAGCUGCGAGUCUACCUAUCCGCAAUUCGCCCCACCAUGAUGUACGGAUCGGAGGCUUGGGCAGCACCAUCAACGGUUAUGGAGAGGCUUGACUGCACGGAACGAAAGCUGCUUAGACGACUACUUGGCUACUUUUGGCCUUGA